CUCCCCUCCCUCCCUCCCAGGCACUCCAUAUCUCAACUCCGUCUCUUAGGGGCGAGGCGAGAGGCGGGCGGGGAGGCGACGCGGGGGAGGAGGGAGAGGAUAAAAGGGCGCUCGGGAAGGAGCCCGCGCGAGACACAGCGAGACGGAGCCGCGGUGUGAAAGCGCGUGACGUCACAGGUGACGUCAUCAAGAUGGCGUCGGAACGCUACGACUGCCACUACUGCAAGGAGUCUCUGCUGGGCAAGAAGUACGUGCUGCGCGAGGAGAACCCGUAUUGCGUGCGCUGCUACGAGACGCUCUACACCCACGCCUGCGAGAGCUGCAAGCAGCCAAUUGGCUGCGACUCGAAGGACCUGUCGUACAAGGACCGCCACUGGCACGAGGGAUGCUUCAAGUGUGCCUCCUGCGAGCGCUCUCUCGCCGAUAAAGCGUUCAGCGCACGCGAUGAGAAGCUCCUCUGCACCGAAUGCCACGCCAACCAAUACUCGGCCAAGUGCGCCGCCUGCAACAAGCCCGUGCUGCCCGGCACGCGCAAGAUGGAGUUCCGCGGCAGCAGCUGGCACGAGACGUGCUUCGGGUGCGCCCGAUGCCAGCAGCCGAUCGGCAGCAAGAGCUUUGUGCCGCGCGAGAAGGAUCAGUACUGCGUGCCGUGCUACGAGAAGCAGUUCGCUCAGCACUGCACCCUCUGCAAGAAGGCCAUCACAGCGGGUGGCGUGACGUACCGUGACGGGCCGUGGCACCGCGAGUGCCUCGUGUGCACCUCGUGCAAGCGCGCCCUGGCGGGCCAGCGCUUCACGUCGCGUGACGACUUCCCCUACUGCCUCGAGUGCUUCUCGGGACUCUACGCCAAGCGCUGCGUCGCCUGCGCCAGCCCCAUCAGCGGUCUGGGCGGUGCCAAGUACAUCUCGUUCGAGGAGCGGCAGUGGCACGACGACUGCUUCACGUGCAAGCGCUGCGCCGUGUCGCUGGUGGGUCGCGGCUUCCUGACCGAGCGCGACGACAUCCUGUGCCCCGACUGCGGCCGCGACCUCUGAACUCCAAAAUAGCCCCCCCAGCCCCCCCUAGCACCCCACACACCCCCACACCAUCGCCACCACCGCCCCGGGAUCGAGUCCACGACCUCCUGUAUACCGGGCGAGGUAGUUAACAUCUACCCAGCUACCGUGUCGCGACAAGACCCACGACACCCUCCCAUGUCUGUGGGUCUCGGUGUUGAACUUCUUUCGUACAUAGCCAACCGUGCUAAUCUGUGUGGGCCUCUGUGGGUCUCUAAAGAGGGAGGGAGGGGGGGCUGCAUGACCGAUGGGUAUCGUCACCACAAAUAUACACACACACAGACUCACACAGCCACACACAGCCACACAUAGACACACACACAGACACACACACAGACUCACACACACACAGACUCACACAGCCACACACAGAAACAUAGACACACACACAGACUGACACAGACACACACAGAUUCACACACAGACAGAUACACACACACAGACACGCACACACAGACACACACAUACACGCACCCCGUGGAACACUGCAGACGGGUUAUGAGAAGCGGGGGACAAGGCGGGGGGGGAUAGAAGGAUGGGGGUACGGACUCACUACCCUCCCCAAAGCGGCUUCCGAUCCAACAUUAGGUGUACGAGAGUGUCUCCUCCACUAGCCCCCCAGCCUCAAUCCCCGGGGGGGGGGGGGUUUCGGGCGGGAGUGAUGAUGUUGUUGUUGUUGGGAUAACGUGGCGCGUUAUAUAUUCUCUCUCUCUCUUUGCAUGAGCAUAAAAGAAGGCAUGCCUCUGUGAAAACCCCAAGAACAAGCCCCGCUUGCGACGCGCGCGUGUGUGCGUGUGGAUUUUGUGGAGUGAACAAAAAAGAAACUAGCUUUGGGUGAAUAAAUUUUGGAAAGUGU